AUGUCCGCCAAAGAUGAUCCUCCAGACAUGGCAGAGCUCAAAAAGAUCGAAUCUGAUAAAGGGGUCGUACAAGAGGUACCCCAUACUAUCCUCACACGACGUGAGAAACAUCUCAUGACCAUCCUGCUUUCAGGAAUGGGCACCGCGUCGUCGAUGAGCAUGCCCGUCUACUGGGUGGCGCUUACGGAGAUCGAAAGAGACUUCAAAAUCUCUGAGGAGCAGGUCAACCUGACCAUUGUUGCAUAUCUCGUUUUGCAGGCAACAGCACCUGUUUUUCUUUCCACCGCAACUGAUUACAUUGGCCGACGUCCUGUGAUUUUAAUCUGUCUUACUGGCGGCAUAGUCGUUAAUGUUGGACUUGCAGUUGCCAACGCAUACUGGCUGAUUAUUUUUCUGCGUUGUUUGCUUGCAACUUCGGUGUCACCGCUCAUCAGUAUUUGCUCUUCUGUCGUUAGUGAUUUCACGACGCGAAAAGAUCGUGGAGGCUUUAAUGGAACCGUCAACGGAUGUUUGCUUGUGGGACAGGCAUUUGCACCGUUUUUGGGUUCGCUUGUUGACACGGGCUGGAACUGGAGAGCCAUCUUUUACUUUUGUGCUAUUAUCGAUGGUGCUUUGCUAGUGGUUAUUGCCGUGUGUCUCCCGGAAACACACCGCAGCGUGGUUGGAAACCUUUCUGCGCCGCCAGUUCAUUGGUACCACAAGUCGCCUGCUCUGUGGUAUUUUGGCGACAGAUUGUGCGAUACAGAGCGCAAAACAGUGGAGCCUUCAAAGCUCACCAAGUAUAAUCCGUUCUUGACCAUCAGUUUCUUGAAAUAUCCAGAGGUGUCCAUGAUCCUGCUUCCUUCUUCGAUCUUGUUCUCCACUUGGACCAUUGCACAGGCCACAUUGUCCACUUACCUGUCGAAAACCUACGGCUACUCAUCGCUGAAAAUUGGACUCUGUUUCUUUGCUCCCGGAUUUUCAACCAUCGCGGGAGCCAUUUUGAGCGGCAAGUUUAUGGACUUUACGUACCGCCUUGCCAGAAACAAGCACAUGAAGUCCAACUCUGAUGAACCGUUCGACAUCAUCAGGGCCAGACUACAGUAUUUCGCCAUUCCGGCUGUUGUGGGCGCCAUGGCUUCUGUGAUCUAUGGAUGGUGUUUCCAGAACCGCGAGAGCGUGGCCAUUCUACUUGUGAUGAUCUCUCUUAUCACCUUCACCACAAUGUUCCCGAUGAGCGUUGUGCCGACGUUGUUUGUGGACCUGUUUCCGCAACGUUCUGGCUCGGUUGCAUCUCUUAACAAUCUGGGACGGUGCGGCAUGGCCACCAUUUUUGUUGCAUGUUUGUCAAAAAUGAUUUCCUCCAUGACACUCGGCGGCACCUACACUCUGAUGACGGGCUUGAUUCUCCUUAGUAACGUUUGCGUGUAUUACCUGGUUACACGUAGCCGUCAUUUUAUGCAUAAUAUCCAGUUGCGCGAGCAAGCCGCUAAAUAG